AUGGUGCGGUGUGACAUUCGUCUGAUUCGGGAUCAUAUCUCAUUUCGAGGACACCCUCACGAGUCCGCGGGCCAAGUACUUAUCGGCUCUGUGCUGCUUCGUGUGUCCACACCUGUGAACAAAGUGCAUUUCCGCCUACGCCUGUUGGGAAAACUUGAAGCAGCCGAUGCUUCCGUCCGAAAGUGGCAAAAAGUAUUAAAUUUCAAUGCCACCAAAACGACACUGUCGAAAACCAUCAUCUCGGAGCAAUCCCAAGCCAUCAUAGGUCUCCCAACUAGUGACGGCGUAACUUUACCUACAGGGCGCCACGAGUAUCCAUUUGAACUUCUCCUUCCCGGCGACGUGACCGAAAGUAUUGAAGAGCUACCAGAACUGAGUCUCAAGUACCGUCUUGAGGCAACCAUAUACAGUCGAGGAGUCCCCGUGGAGAAGGCUCAUAAGCACGUGCGCAUAUUUCGCGUCGCUGCCACGGACGCCGUGGAGCCGUUUCAUGCCGAGAUUUCACAAGGGACGUGGAGAAAUAAGGUGGAUUACUGUUUUAAUAUUCCGCAGAGGGUGGUUCCCUUCGGGGGAGUCGUUGACUUGAGCAUACUUGUCAGCGCACUCGUUGUAGGGCUGGACCUGGAGGGCAUUAGGCUAAAGGUAGUCGAAGACCGACAAUCAUGCGUGAAAAACGGCGCCGGGCGGACCACAACAAAUCAUUUCACGAGAGUCCUCGCCAAGACAUGGGUUAACGACGGGAGAUGCCAGCAACUCUCGGCAAAGAAGAAAACGGAUCUAGGCAUGGGCUGCUGGUGCCUGUCUGCGCGGUUGCCGCUGCCCUCAAGUCUCAAAGAAUGCGCUCAAGAUAUUGAUCUCGGCAUGAUUAAGGUCGCCCAUUUCGUCGAAGUAGUUGCAGUACUGAAGAACCCGGACGGGCAUGUAUCUAAUGUGAGUAACAGAACUUGCCCAUUCGUCAAGUGA